GACAGACCAACAGACAGAUACAGGGGGAGACUGACAAGCAGACAGACGUAUUCCUAGUGAGACUGACUCGUUAACACACAGAUAAAGGGUUCGACAGACAGGCUGUGGUUGUGUCAAUGAGGAUGCGCGCGGCGGGCAGCAGCAGCAGCUCGCGGUGAUUGUCGGAUUGGUACCAAGAGGCGGAGCGCGAGGAGCAAACCGGACACCAUGAGCUGCAACUGGGGCACCGAGCUGUGGGAUCAGUUUGAUAACUUGGAGAAACACACCAGUUGGGGAAUCGACUUUCUGGAGAGAUACACUAAGUUUGUUAAAGAGAGAGCCGACAUCGAGCUGAGCUACGCCAAGCAAAUCAGGAGCCUGUCUAAGAAGUAUCAUCCCAAGAGAAGCAGAGAGGAUGAAGGCAGAUACACUUGGUGUUUGGCGUUUGCAGCAACUCUCCGUCAGCUGAAUGAACUCUCGAUUCAGAGAGAAGAACUCGCUGAAAACCUGAGCACACAGAUCGUCUGUGAGCUGUCCCGAUACACUCAAGAGCUGAAGACUGAGAGGAAAACUCAUUUUCAAGAUGGCCGCCGUGCUCAGCAGCACAUUGAGAGCUCCUGGAAACAACUUGAGUCUAGUAAACGCCGGUUUGAGCGUGACUGUAAGGAGGCGGAGCGAGCUCAACAAAUCUCAGACAGAAUUGACCUCGACAACAAGACGGAUGGAGAAAAGCGCUGCACCCUGAAGGCUCGUCAGACAGCUCAACAGAAAAAAGAAGCUGCCGAAGAAGCAAGGAAAGACUAUGUGACCAGUUUAAACCAAUUCAACCAAGAUCAACACCAGCACUACCACACGCUGGUUCCUGUCAUCUACCAGCGUAUCCAAGACAUGGAGGAGCGGAGGAUUGAGAGAGUCUGUGAAGCAAUGCGUUUGUCAGCAGAGGCAGAGAGAAAAGUUCUUCCAGUUGUGAGUCGUUGUCUGGACGCCAUGAUGAAUGCUGCUGAAAGCAUCCAGCCCAGGAUGGAUACCCGGCAGGUGGUGGAGGUGUAUAAAUCAGGCUUCGACCCUCCUGGUGAUGUAGAGUUUGAGGAUUACAGCGCCUCUAUGAGGAGGAGUAUCUCUGAAUCUAGUUACCUCGACAACCGAACAGAGGGGAGGAGGCACAGCAGGAAGCUCUGGCCCUUUAUACGAAAGAACAAGCUGCUGACACUCCUGUCCUCCCCUCGCCAGCCUCCCCCUCCACCCCCAACCUCCCCCUUACCUGGUGCUGUAACCGACAGCCCUCAGUCCCCACCCCCUACCUCUAGAGAACCAAUCACACAGCGGCUGAAUGACCUCAUGACCUCUGGAUCCAGAACUAGAAAGCAGUGUCUGCGCAGCCUGAAGAGAGGGCUGUCACUCAAAUUGGGCUCGGGUCCUGCAGACUGCAGUCAUCUUCCUCCAGAACAAAGAAGGAAGAAACUUCAAACAAGAAUCAACAGCAUCAACCAAGAGAUCCAGAGAGAGAGAGAGCAGAGAGAUGCCUUAUUAAAGAUGAGGGAGGUGUAUGAACGGAGUCCUCAGAUGGGCGACGCUGGCAGUUUGGAGCCUCGACUAGAGGAGGUGAAACAGAGUCUGCAGAAGCUGGAGGACGAACUGAGGAAGAACCAGGCAUGGCUGGCUGAGGCUGACAGCAGACUAUCUGAUCACAGCAGUAGGAGACAGAGUGGAGGUUGUGGGGUUAAUUCCCAGGCGACAACGCCAGGCAGCAGCAGCCUGAAACAGCUUGACAACCGCAGUCCAGCCAGCAGAGAGAGUCCUGAUGGCAGCUACACUGAAGACAACAGUGCAGAGCUUCACUUUAAGUCUCGUAGUUCAGAGUUUGAUGAUGACUUUGAUGAUGAAGAACCGUUACCAAGUAUUGGCACCUGCAAGUCCCUUUAUCCAUUCCAAGGUCAGAAUGAAGGCACUCUGUCCAUGGUGGAAGGAGAACUACUUUCUGUGGUGGAAGAGGACAAAGGUGAUGGUUGGACCAGAGUACGGAGGAACCUGGAGGAGGAGGGAUAUGUCCCAACCUCCUACAUCAAAGUCUUCCUAGACAGCAGUGCCAAAGGCUUUGUGCAGAGUAGUCGACUAGUCUAGCACAGUAAUCGACCAGUGAGGACGACUCUCCACAGGAAGUGAUGUAAAGGAAAGAGGAGGUCUGAGGAGCUCCAGUGGCAGCUUUUCAUUGGACAGUUUAACUGCUGUUGAUACGAGAUGGAGGAAAACUUCUACUGGUGACUGAGCAAUCAAACAGUGAUCAGUCAGCUGUGAUAACGGUCCUGAAUGCAGAGCAGGCAUCGAAGUGAAGAUCAGACAUUAAACACAUCCGAAACACUCGAAUCCAUUCUACCUGUAUUUAAGCUUGACCCAGAGGAUAAAUUAAAUCAUCACUUGUCAAAAAGUCAGAUAGUUUUCACAUUUAUUUGUCAAUGAAGAAAUCGUCUCAAGGCUUAGAAAAAGCAAUGUGUUACCAUUAAAGAUGAAGGAAAUUCCUAAAUCCUGUUUUCUAGUUUUCUAGUAAGACUUCCUUAAAUUUUCAUUUCACAUGUUUGGGCCAAAAAUUAAAAAGACAAAAAAGAUAUUUUUCAGUCAGCACUUAAACAUUUGUUCUUUGUGAAAACAUCUGAAUGUGUUUUGAUUCACCUAAACACUGACCUAGCAGGAGGUCAGUAUCUAUGAUGAAAAAUUUAAGUUCUUAGUUUAAUGUUUGUCAACCCGUUUACUGAGAAGAAACUGUGAAAUGGUGGAGAGGACGAUCCUUCAUGUUGCCCACGGAUUAAUAAGACAUCUAGAGACACCUUUGCUCACCUCACAUGUCACAUCAGUGAGGUCAUGAGGUACUUGGGUGUGUUAGUGCACUCUGAAAUCACUGUGGGUAUCAUCAAAUAUCAUUGUAGGACAGGACCAAUGUGAGGGAACUCAGUAAGGAAAAGUUUAAAUAGUUCAUACUGUGUGAAGUUUUAACUUUACAUGCGAGUUAAACAGUUUGAAAUUUAUUCAUGGAGGAGUUGACUGUGUGUAAAUAAAUUGUAGCUGCACAGGUGUAGCCCUGCCCCCUGUGUACCUGUUGAAAUUUGUCCCACCCCCAGCUUAUCCAGCCUAUAUUAGCCCUGCUUUCCUGGUCCCUCCUCCUGCUUGUUGAUCAAUGAUCAUGCUAUUGACUGAUUGUGUGAAAUGUGAAACUUUUUUAUUUCAUAGUGAUAUAUGAUUAGCUAUUGAUUUUUUUAUUGAGACGUGAGACUGCUGAUCACGCUCUUUUC